AUGGUCCUUUUAUGCAUCGAAUAUCCAAACGUGACGGAUUUAUCCAAACCGCCUAAAGGAUGGUUCAAAUUAGGAUCUCAUACGCUGGCGGCGUCCUACAUUUCAGCCACCAGCAAACAGGCCGGGGCGGCGGCUGACGCCCGAGAACGCUUCAAGGCGAAUAAAUAUAGUUGUCUCGGCGCACACUACGAAUUUGUAGCCGUUGGCGUCGAGACACUAGGUCCGUGGGGUAGGGGGGCUCGGGGGCUCCACAAGGCGCUCAGCAAACGCCUAAGGCAGGCCACAGUCAAUCCCCUGCCGUUUCCGGCCUGCAAAGCGAACGACAUCGACUGCCUCCGCCGCGGCUUCAGAACUUUCUUCUUUCUGAUGGAAUCUGGCCAUAUGGGUAUGCGCCCGAUCGACCCGGCCGUAGUGAACAGUGUGGCCGUGACCUUGCCAGAGCAGCACGUGUCAUUCCUGCUAAGGAGGGUCAACGUUACCGGAGCUAAGUGGACGAAGCUCGCAGAACGAAGGUUUCACGUGCACGGGGGUAAAAGUGGGGCCAUAUUCAACAGCGACCUUCAUGUUGGAGCCGAGAUAAUCAUGAAAGUUGCAGAUAGGGUGGAUCCAUAUACAUCCUACAUAACUAUGGACAUACAGGAGGUAGAAAGCAACAUCACCUACACCUGGGCUGGCACUAACGUGAACAAUGAAGACUACAUCCUAAUCGGGCCGGAGCGAAUCGCAGUGAGGAAUCGACGCACGCCUACGUAUUUCCUACAGCCGAUUAACAACAACUUCCUGGACGUGAACAUGAUUGAGGCUGGUCUCCAGGCGAAGACCUCAAUACUGGACCAUUUCUCCAAUGAGAUCGUCACAGCAAUCAUGCAUGCUGUGGUGGAUAACUUCAGGCUCUUUGCAAGGAAGAUACCAGUCAAAUAUUAUUACCAGUACAGUUCUUUCAUUUAGU